AUGGCAGCAGCCCCCCAUGUGGAGCACACAUUCCACGGCGACACUCGACUGCUCAACGCCUCUUUGAAGCAGAGGGCCGAGAUAAGACAAGCGCUCACAACAUUACAGCAGGAGCUACAGCGACUGGAAGGCUGUUCUGUUCAAGUCACUGCCGACAUCAAGUUCAAUGUCGCCGGUCCACAGUCAAGGGAGCAUGCAUAUUUUGCCUCCAUCACCGACGUUGGCUUUGAUCCGACCGCUUUCGCACAGACCAAGGUUCCAGCUAUGCGCAAUGGCGCUAUAGCCAUGUCUCCAGCAGCGCCAGGCCACGAUGGUCGCAGAAGCUCGUUGAUCCGAAGUGCGCCAGAUGACGAUGAUGUUGUGGAAGUCCAAGGUCCGAAGAGACCUCGCACUGAUGGCCCGGAUGGACUAUCGCGAAGUGGAAGCAUAGCUGAGGAUGGUACUGGCUUGAAGCAGGUGAACGAGCUCUCGACCUAUAUGCGGAGCUGGCACGAUGAAUGGACGCGACAGGGAGGGUGGCUCUUCGAUACCUUGAACACCACCAACAAGCUGACCACUGAAUCGAAAACUUCAGUCGAGAAGCGCCUAGAUUCGGUCCAGGACACCCUUGGCCAGAGCAUCAAUGCCGCCAGCGCCACAACCAUGGGCGAACUUGCAAAUAUUACCAAGUUACUACCGUGGCUGGAACACUGUCGAAAGACCAACGCGGACAAGGUUCAGGCCAGAGAGGAAAAGUGGCGAUCGAGCUCGGCGACCUUUCACGAUCAGACCCGGCGGGAGAGGGAGGCUGCCGAGCGGCGCUUGGAGGACAAGUUGGAAGCGCAACAGCGGCUGUUGAUCAAGGUUGCAGAGGCGAAUGGCAUAGACGUGGAUGAAUUGAGCGAGAAACCACGCAGUAGAGAGGAGAGCCUGGGCGCGCAAUUGACGGCAGAGCUGAAUCUGGAGGCAGCUCGUGCAGCGAGCAACGGGACCCUGACGAGGUACAACAACACGAUCAACAUCGACGACUGA